CAAAAUGUACAAGAUGCCCCAAUGUCAAAAUUCAAUAAUCUUUUUUUUGUCAUCGAUUUUUACAGAAUUCAAUAAUUUAUAAAAAAAAUUACAACAAACAAAAACAUAUAAUCAUGUAGAACAUAUAUCUGCGCGAAAAGCUAGUAUUUAUGAAUAAGCUAGUUUUAUAUGUCGACCGAUUUCAGGAUCUUAUUCGAAAUAAGAAAUGAUUUGGUGUCAAUAAUCUUGAUUUCUAUUUUUCUUACCAUACAUUUUAGUUGACUAAUUCACCUCAAAUCUAAGCUAAUAACCCCAAAAUCAAUAUCAACUUAAGAUACAUCUAAAGCUGUUUUUUAGAGUUUUUACUUUUAACUGCGCAAAUAGGCUAUGUUGUAGUUUUAAUAUUUUGAGGUUUUCUCAUUUUCCAUCAUCAUCAGCGUCGAUGGGAAAGCAAGGCGGUGCAAAGACCAGAACCGAUGUCUGUUUCUCAGAUGGAAUCAUCUUCUUCGCUGGAGCCUUCAUGUCUCUAAUUCUCGUCUGGUCCUACUUCUCAAUUUUUUCACCUUCCUCUAAUUUCACUUUAUUUCGACAAAACACCGAACCAAUCAAAUGCUCCGGAGAUUUUUUGAUGUUUCAAAAUAUAAAAUGUUUUGAUACUUUUAAAGUAUUUUAAUUUUAUAGAAAAUUUGUUAACCAAUAAUAGUUUACUACAUAUUUAUAAUUAGAUAAUUUAUAUUUAAUUUAUAUUAUUUAAUGAUAUUAUAUUCUAAAAAGUAAAUUUCUUAAUUAUUGUGCAUUCAAGCAAAACUUGGGUUACUUUUUCAAAAUUGAUUUAUUAUUUUGCCCUAGAGUUAAAAAAAAUUCUAGAUCUGCCACUAAGAAGAUAGGUAACUUGGGUUACUUUUUCAAAAUUGAUUUAUUAUUUUGCCCUAGAGUUAAAAAAAAUUCUAGAUCUGCCACUAAGAAGAUAGGUGUCUUUGAUGGAUACAGAGCUCUGUUUUCAUGGUUGACUUUUUCAACUUUUGUUAGGUAAAAAGGAAAAAAGAAAGAUAGGAGAUUGGGUAACAAAAUCGAAAACAUUGAAAACUAAGAUGGAUCCUGGCCUGAAAAUGCUGAAAACCUGAAACUGUGGAUAAUCUUAUCUUAGGCCCAAAAUCACCACUUUAUGUAUAUAUUACAUUGUAUAACUAUAUAUAAAUAAAUUGUCGUAAAAAAUCUAUAUAAAUUAAUUAAGCAAAUAACCAUGAAAAUUAAUUCAUUACAAAGGUUUGCUUACUAUUUAAUUUACUCAAUAGUGACCUUUAAUGAUCAUUCUUAUUUUGGAGAUGAUGCUACAAAUUAUAUGUAUUGGUAUCUAUAUAUAGAGCUUAUCUUUUUAUCAGUGGAAACUGCAUUGUAAGGAAACUUAUUUAUGAAUAAGCUAGUUUUAUAUGUCUUUUGAUUUCAGGAUUUUACUCUAAAUAAGAAAAGAUUUUCUGUCAAUAAUCUUAAUUUCUAUUUUUCAAACCCAUACAUUUAGUUGACCAAUUCACCUCACAUCUAAGCUAAUAACUUGCAAUACAUCUAAAGCUGUUUUUCAGAGUUUUACUUUACCACCCAAAUCGGCUACGUUGUAGUUUUAAUACUUUUCACAGUUAGAGGUUCUCCCAUUUUCCAUCUUCAUCAUCAUCUAUGGGAAAGCACGUCGGUGCAAAGACCAGAACCUCUGUCUGUAUCUCAGAUGGAGCUGUCUUCUUUGCCGGAGCUUUCAUGUCUCUAACUCUCGUUUGGUCUUACUUCUCAAUCUUUUCACCUUCCUCCAAUUUCACCUUAUUUCGACGAGACAACGAACCGAUUAAAUGCUCCGGUUUCGACAUGCAAUCCGACCCGGAAGAUCCCGGUUUUUACGACGAUCCGGACCUAAGCUACUCCAUCGAGAGACCAAUCACGGGAUGGGACGAGAAACGGAAGCAAUGGCUCGAAUCUCACCCCUCGUUCAAACCCGGUUCGGAAAACCGGAUCGUGAUGGUAACCGGUUCUCAACCGGCUCCGUGUAAAAACCCGAUCGGAGACCACCUACUGCUCCGUUGCUUCAAGAACAAAGUCGACUACUGCCGAAUCCACGGCCACGACAUCUUCUACGGCAACUCUCUGCUUCACCCCAAGAUGAAUUCGUAUUGGGCGAAGCUCCCGGCGGUUAAGGCGGCGAUGCUCGCUCACCCCGAGGCCGAGUGGAUUUGGUGGGUCGACUCCGACGCUAUUUUCACCGAUAUGGAGUUCACGCCGCCGUUGCACCGUUACCGUUAUCACAAUCUCGUCGUUCACGGUUGGCCGAGUAUUAUUUACGAUAAACAGAGUUGGACGGCCGUUAACGCCGGCGUUUUCCUUAUUAGAAACUGCCAAUGGUCGAUGGAGUUAAUUGACACGUGGAAGAGUAUGGGCCCGGUGAGUCCGGACUACGCUAAGUGGGGUCCGAUCCAACGGUCUAUAUUUAAAGAUAAGCUGUUUCCCGAGUCGGAUGAUCAGACGGCUCUGAUUUAUUUGCUGUAUAAACACAAAGAGGUGUAUUACCCUAAGAUAUACCUCGAAGCAGAGUAUUAUUUCCAAGGGUAUUGGAUCGGUGUCGUCGGGGGUUUCUUCGCUAACGUGACGGAGCGGUAUCUCGAGAUGGAGCGAGAAGAGGCCACGUUGCGGAGACGGCACGCGGAGAAGGUGAGCGAGCGAUACGGUGCGUUUAGAGAGGAGAGGUUUUUGAAAGGCGAGUUUGGAGGGAGAGGGAGUCGCCGGAGAGCGUUCGUGACGCAUUUCACGGGCUGUCAGCCUUGUAGUGGGGACCAUAAUCCGAGUUACGAUGGUGACACGUGUUGGAAUGAGAUGAUCAGAGCCCUUAAUUUCGCUGAUAAUCAGGUGAUGCGCGCGUACGGGUACGUUCAUACUGAUCUCAGUAAGACUUCUCCUCUCCAACCUCUGCCGUUCGAUUAUCCUGAUGAGACGUGGUGAUUUUUGUUGUAUGGUUUAAUUUUGUAGUUAUUAUAAAUGGUUUGGAAUAUUUUCUAGUUCA